AUGCAAUACCAGGAUCCAGUGGAAGGAGAGCUGGUGCAACCAGAAGGAAAAGUAUCGGACGAUUCCCACAUGCUGAAAACCACGGCAAUGGAGAAUGCAAAUGCUCUGGAGUUGUCUUGGCGCCAUGAACCGACUUCCAGCUACAGUGACUGGCAAAUCCAGAUCUCUACAAAGCACAAAACCAGAGACAUCUACAACAUUCACAGGUGCGUUUUGGUUAGUGGCAGGCGCAAGAGUGGAUACUUUGCCUCUCUGUUCUCUAGCAACUUCAAGGAAUCAGAGUCUGCCACGAGCUUGAUUGAACUGGAGCCAAAUCAGGCAGAUGCAUUCCCAUUGCUAUUGGAUUACUUGUAUGGAAAUCCCUCAUUGAAGCAGUCAUACUUUCAAGACAUGGAACCAAAGAUGGCCAUUAAUUUGUAUUCUCUAGCUGAUUACUUUGAGAUCGCUUCCUUGAAGUCGGACAUCAAAGAGGAAGUUGAGCAAAGCAUGUCUGUCAACAAUGUCCAUGCUUACUAUAUGUGGUCGAAGGACUUCUAUAAUGCCCCCUUUAAGACAGUGGCAUUGGAGUACAUUGCCAAGAACCUCCAAAGUAUUAGCACAGAGUCUCCUAUUCUUGCCAGCAAUGUUGCUCUCUGGCUUAUGUUGUACAUCACAUUGAAUGUACUUCAUUUUACCAGAGCGUGA